UCCGCUGCUCCGUCCCCCGGUCCCUCAGCCCGAGUCGGUGGCGCCGCUCCUGCUGCGGGCCUGUCCCGUUGGGCCCUGCCGGGAGCGCUGCGGGGGCACCGGCCCGGGGAGGGGAUCGGAGGGCGGCUCCACGGCCCCCGUGUCCGCGCCGGGCCAGCGGGAAGGGCCGGAACGAAAGUUUCGCGGAACCUGCGUGGCUUGCUCGCGCUUUCCGUAGCGGCUGGUCCAGAGCUGGGUUCCGGUUCCGGGUGGUGGCCGCGUCCUGAGCAGGGUCGCGGAGCGGGCAGGUAUGGGACACGGAGGUGACCACGGCCACGGGCACGGCCAUGACAAAGUGGAGCUGCCUGACUACAGGCAGUGGAAGGUGGAGGGGACUCCCCUCGAGGAGGUGCAGAGGAGGCUGGCAAAGAGGGGGCUCAGGGACCCUUGGGCUCGUAAUGAAGCGUGGAGGUACCAGGGUGGCUUUGCAAGACCUAUCACCGUAACAGAAAUCUUUACCAGGGGAUUCAAGUGGGGAGCUGCAGCUUUCGUCAUAGCUCUGGCCAUUGAAUAUUCACUGUUUCCUCCAAAGAAGAAUGGAGGCCACCACUGAAGAUCAAAUAUGACAACUUAAUACUUACAAAUCAUAAGCUGAAGCAUACAUAAGCCUGCUGCUCACUCUGUACUUAUAAUAUGCAUAUUAAAGUCUAUCACAGGCAAA